AGAAGACAAACAUCCUGUGAGGAGAAUCAGAGCUGCUGUGAAGCUGAACUCAACUCACAAUGAAGAUCUUCAUCAUCUUCACAUUCUACCUCAUCUCAGGUUCAGUGAGAUGCUUUGAUGUGACUGGAUAUUCUGGAGGAAGUGUUCUUGUUAAUUCCUGGAAGCUUUGGUGCGAUAACUGUUUUAAAUACAUGGCUAAACAUGAUCCAUACAGAACAAUUAUACAAGAUAAGAAACAUGAUCAAUGGAUUACUGAAGGAAGAUUCACUCUGUUUCAUAACAAAUAUGGAAACCUCAUGAUCUUCAUCAGAGAACUGAAAACAACAGAUGCUGGAAGAUACCAGAUCGGGUUUAAUAGGCAGUGGUUCAUUUAUAUGACUUUAAAUGUGAUUGGAGAUUCUUGUUGUGGGAGGUCAAAAACAGUGACUGUGAAUAGUGGAGAAACUGCUGAGUUCAGCUGUGAAUAUUCACAGAAUCACAAGAAUAACUGGAAGGCAAUAUUCAAAGAAGGAAAAACAUCCAUUGAGGAGAUCUACAGCACAUGGAAGAAGAAAGAAAGAUUCAGUAUUUCUGAUGAAAGAUAUAAAAAUCUCUUCAGUGUCAGAAUUACUGCUGUGACACCAGAUGAUGGAGGAGUUUAUUUAUGUGGAGUUUGGGACUACAAUAAUUCAUACUCCCUUGUUAAUACUGUUCAUCUUCACAUUAUCAAUAAAGUGGGUUCAUAUAGAGUGACCGGUUACUCAGGAGGUCAGAUCAUUAUCAAGUGUGAACACCCUCAGUACAAAACCAACCCAAAAUAUAUCUGUAAAGAAUCAGAUGGAUGUUCUGAGAGGAAGUAUCCAGGAGUUGAGAAUAAAUGGAUGGAAAAUGGAGAUGUUUCUUUAUAUGAUGACACCAGAGGAGGAGUCUUGAUGGUGUUCUUUAGAGAUCUGAAUGCUGGAGAUGCUGGAACAUACAGGUGUGGAGUCAAUGUAUCUCAAUAUACUGACAGAGUUACUCAAGUCACACUGGACGUCAAAGAGGAUGCAUUAUUAGUACAAAGGGUGAGUAAAUCUGUUUAUCUUGGUGAGGAAGUGAAGAUUUUCUGUCAGAUCCCAGAGGAACAUGAAGUCAGUUCAACACACUUUUGUAAAGAGGAUGAUGAUCACAUCUGUCAAACUGUCAACACAUCUGAAGAGACACAAAUGAAUUCUUUAUCUGAGAGAAAUGAAGCAAGAGUUUUUACUGUGAGAAUCAGUAAUCUGACAGUGAGAGAUGCUGGAGUUUACUGGUGUGGAACAGAAACCAGUGAAGAACAUCUGACUUUCAUCUCUCUGACCACUGAAGUUCAUCUCAACCUCAUCAAUAAAGUGGGUUCAUAUAGAGUGACCGGUUACUCAGGAGGUCAGAUCAUCAUCAAGUGUGAACACCCUCAGUACAAAACCAACCCAAAAUAUAUCUGUAAAGAAUCAGAUGGAUGUUCUGAGAGGAAGUAUCCAGGAGUUGAGAAUAAAUGGAUGGAAAAUGGAGAUGUUUCUUUAUAUGAUGACACCAGAGGAGGAGUCUUGAUGGUGUUCUUUAGAGAUCUGAAUGCUGGAGAUGCUGGAACAUACAGGUGUGGAGUCAAUGUAUCUCAAUAUACUGAGUGGUUUACUGAAGUAAAACUGGAUGUGAAAAAUGUGCCUCCAGUAUUUGGUCAUGAAGGAGAAUCUGUUGAGAUCAUCUGUCCUUAUGAUCCGAUCUAUAAAUCAAAGUCAAAGUAUCUCUGUAAGGGGAAGUGCUCCACUAGAGAUAGAAAUCCUCUCAUUGAGACUGUGAGAGACCAGAAUGAGACCAAGACUGACAGAUUGACUCUGAAUGAUGACAUCACAGCAAGUGUCUUUACUGUGACCAUCACGGGACUGACAGCAGAGGAUGCUGGGAAAUACUGCUGUGCAAUGACAUUAGAAAGAGACGUGAAUUAUCUUUACACUCAUCUGAUCAUUAUCAGGAAACAAGAGCUGAUCUUGAAUCAAUCUGAAGGAGACGACAUCUCAAUCAAGUGCAAACAUCAUGAUGAACAUCAGAACUUCUUCUGUAAAGGACAUCAAGCCUCAAUGUGUGUAAAGGAUGGAGAUUCAUUGGAGAGAAUCAGAGAUGAUGGAUUCUCUUUAAGUGAUGAAGCAUCUACUGGAGUCUUUACUGUAAACAUCACUGAUCUGAGACAAGAGGAUUCUGGGAUAUACUGGUGUGGAUCUGAUGUCAUCACUAAAGUCAUUCUGAACAUCAGAAGAGAUUUCUCCAUGAUCAUCAUCAUUUGUGUGUGUGUGAAUCUGCUGCUGAUUGGAGGAUUCACUCUGAUUCUUUGUAAAUUAAGACACAACAAGAGACAAGAAAUCACCUCAACAUCAGACAAGAGAAAGAGAGAUACAAAUAGAACGUUUCCCUCAAACUCCUCUGAUGGGCUCCUGUAUGCUGCUGUCAGUUUCCACAAACAUGAAGAUUCUCUCACUGAUGAUACAGUCACAUUCAGUAAAGAGGAGAUUCACACUGAUUAUGCCACUAUCAGAUACUGCACAAGACUGAACUAAUUCCAUAAUAACAGAUAUUACAGAUAAUCAAACAAUUCCAAGGGUAUUUUAAAAUGCAUUGUGAUAUUUUAACAUUUGAUUUGGCUCACAGAUAUUUUGUAAAAAUGACCCAUAAUCUAAUAUUAAAAUAUCAACAGUGUGCUGAAUCAUGAGAGACUUUAAGGUGUAUGUUCAUGUUGCUUCCUUUUACAUGUUUGAAACAGCGACUUUCAGACAUUCAUCAGUAUGUGUAAAGAGUUUGUCUUCUCACUUUAUCUGAAGGUGUGAAAAAACCAGGAAAUGCAACACUUAAGUGACACUCACUGCACUAUGCAAAUUUUCAAUUCCAAAUGUAGAUGAGAUGCAGCAUCUUUCCCCCACAUAUAUUUUAUAAAGACUCAUUAAUAGCAGCUCUUAAACUGUUAGAAUGUUAUAAAUGAGGAAAAUCACUUUUGUGUUCAGAGCUGUUAAAAUGAAUGUGUGACUGUGUUGUCUUGUGAGCUCUUCUCUCCUCUUUGAAAAUGAUGAUGCUCAACUUUGACUUGCACUUUUGUUCUGCUUUAGAUUUGGACAUGCAAGAGAAAUUAGUUACAGAUAGCUUGCAAGGAAGUCCAUUUUUAAUAACUUAAUCAUUUUAGCAUUUUUAAAAACUUCUCAGAAAUGCUUUAUACGUGAACUUGUGACAUGAGACUUGUGCUGAUGUUGUUUUAUGUUUCAGUUCAAGUAUGCUUUAUUGUUAGAUUAUGCUUUUUCAGAUAAUGCUUUUCAUUUUUAAACUGUUCUUAAGUUUUAUAUUUACACAUUUUAUUCUGACAUAUUUUUAUAACUGCCAUAUUUUAUUCAUUAAGAAAUCAAAAUAGUUUGCUAUUGUUUUUAUCUUGAAAAGUCCAAAACUGUCUACUGUUGAAUAGGACAGUUCACUGGUCAACAC